GGCACGCAAAGGGAGCCUAGAGGUCCGCGCGCCCCCUCCGCUGGUGCAGAGAGUCCCCACUACGGCGCCCGCUGGAAGCGCGGCGAGGUGCCGGUCAGCCAGUCAGCCGAAGGCGCUCCGCCGCGACGCACAGUAGUUCUCCACCUACCAGCGCCGCUGCGAGGACGACACCGGCCGACCCGCAAGAUCCACAGUUGUCGAAGCUACAAUCCAGACUGAACCUGCAGUGAGAAAACUGGAUCUUUGCUAUUCAACUUGUACUGCCAACGCCAUCUAUUUGAAGAAACAGAUGAAACCAGACAUGUGAAGAGUUUCCACUCAUCCGCCAUCGUGGUUCAAAUUCUGCUGACGCAAGCCUCCAAAGAUGCCACCAGAAAUGGAACCUUCCGUGCUUAACGGAUCGUCGACGCCGAAUUAUGCUGAGAAGCGGGAGCAGCAGGAGGGUGGUCCGCGACCGAAGGAGGACCUCAGGAAGAGGAUCCGCGCAGCCUUGCCUCAGGUGCUGGCGACGUCGGCGAAGAACGUGCUGCUGCUUGGCUACGGCAUGACGCUGGGCUUCCCCACGAUCGUCAUCCCAGCGGUGAGCAGGCGGCCCCUGGUAGCCGGCGACGCGGGCAACGCGACGCUGGGGGCGGCGGAGGAGCCCGGACACCUCACGCUCACCGACGCCGAGCUCUCCUGGUUCAGCAGCAUCAACCUGAUCUGCGUGCCGCUGGGCUGCCUUCUGUCGGGCCCGCUGUCGACGCCCAUCGGGCGCCGGCCGGCCAUGAUGCUGGUCAACCUGCCGCUGGCCGCCGCCUGGCUGCUCUUCCACUUCGCGCAGUCGGUCGGCAUGCUGUACGCCGGGCUCGCGCUCGCCGGCGCGUCCGGGGGACUGCUCGAGGCGCCGGUGCUGACGUACGUGGCGGAGAUCACGGAGCCGCGCUUCCGCGGCGCGCUGUCGGCCACCAGCUCGACGUCGGUGAUCGUGGGCGUGUUCACGCAGUUCCUGCUGGGCAACCUGCUGCCCUGGCGCACUGUGGCCCUCGUCAACCUCGUCUGCCCAGUCGCCGCCGUCAUCGCGCUCUGCUUCGUGCCAGAGAGUCCACACUGGCUCGUCGGGAAGGGCCGGCUGGCGGCCGCCGAGAAGGCACUGUGCUGGCUGCGAGGCUGGGUGCAGCCGGAAGACAUCCGGCAGGAGCUGAACGAGCUGGUGGUCACCAUCGGAGGCGCGGGCUCAGCGGACAAGGCUGGCGCGUCCGCGGCGACGCAGCAGCAGCAGCAGCAGCAGCGCCAGCAGCCCGCGUGGCGCAACUACCUCAAGAGGACCUUCGUCAGGCCGUACCUGCUGGUGAGCGCGUCGUUCGCGAUCGGCCACUUCUGCGGCAUGACGACGGUGCAGACGUACGCGGUGGUGGUGUUCUCGCAGCUGGGCGCGCCGGCCGGCCGCUACACGGCGACGCUGCUGCUGGGCGUGGCGCAGCUGCUGGGAGCCCUCACCGGCGUCUGCAGCGUCCACCGCUUCGGCAAGCGGCCGCUCGCGCUCCUCUCCGCCGCCGGCAACGGCGCCUGCUUCGUCGUCGUCGCCAUCCUCGCCGCCCACAGUGGCCCCGCGAGCGAAGACUCCAACACGUGGACGCCGUCGCUGAUCCUGGUGGCGGCGUCCUUCAUGUCUCACGUCGGGCUGCGCAUGCUGCCCUGGAUCCUCAUCGGGGAGGUGUACCCUGCAGAGGUGCGGGGCACCGCCAGCGGGGCUUCCGGCUCCAUGGGCUACAUCCUGGGCUUCGCGGCGAACAAGUCGUUCCUGUCGCUGGUGCACACGGUGUCGCUGGCGGGCACGCUGAUGCUGUACGGCUGCGUCAGCCUGCUGGGCUGCGUGCUGCUGUUCUUCGUGCUGCCCGAGACGGAGGGCCACUCGCUGCACGAGAUCGAGGCGCACUUCGCGCGCACCGACGGCCGCUGCUGCCAGCCGGGUGGCGGGCUCACCAGGCGCGGCCGCCACCGCAAGCACCGCGCCGACCACGGCCAGGCCGACCCGCGCUGGGCCGCCGCCAACCCCGCUCUCGAGCUCAACGAGACGCACAUCUAGCGGCGCGCGCCGCACCGGCCGAGCUGCGGGGCGCCGCCGGCGCGAGGGGCAGAACUCUGUCGUUUCCCUCCCCACUACAUUCCGGACACAGACGAGUUCCACCUUGUGACUUAGAACUGUUGCGAGGGCACCCUUCGAUGUUGCUUCUGACGGUAGCGCACACACGCGAACUGCUGUUGAAGGGACACCUCACGAGAGCCCAGUUGUGACUUGGCUAUCGGCAGAUGAGAACUGCUUGCUCCAAGCAACAAGUGUUUUUGAAUCUCAGCCUCUACUGUUCAAAGUCGUGCGCUCGUACUCAUUUGAUUUCAAGAACGUUUUAAAACGUAACAAGGUGUUCUAUCAUGUCCACUGACAGAUCUUUUAUCAUUAGUCGCGAAUAAUUAUUACAAAAUUAAGCAACGGUAAGCAUUUAAAAAAAAAACAUUGAAACUCAAAAGAUUUUGUAUUCUGUACAAUAACGUAACUAUGCAGUUACGAUUGCAAGCUACAUAUCUUACAUUCUAGGCUGCAAUCACCCUCAUGAUGCUGCAGCUUUGCCAUGUUGUGAACGUUAUGAGAGAUGCUCUCGCAAACUAUGGAUCGGACAACAUUUAAAGAAAGAGUAUUUUUGCUUCAAAAUUCCCUGUCAAAUCGCAUGGUGAAGAACCUGUUUGCAAAUUCAGGAACAUUCUAUCUGUAGUUCAAGAUAUCCUAUUUCUUUCCUAUAUUCUUCUUAUUCUUUGACCUUUUCACACCCGCUACAUCCAAACUUCUCCACAGAUUAUUUUACACAUUUUAAUCUUUGUUGUCAUUGUAAUCUUUCCCUUAUACUGUUGCUAUCAGAUUCAACCCUAGAACUCUUGGAUACUUUAACAAAUGUCUCACUAACCCUUCUCUUCUUUUGGCUAGGAAUUUUUGUAGACUAAACCUCUUUGUCUAUUCACCUUAAUGCGUCUUCGUCUUUUAAUGCAUUUAUCCACUUAAUUUUUAACAUCAUUCUCUAAUAACAUUUUACAAAGCUUCCUCUCCAGUUUCACCAUGGUCCAUAACUCACUACCACACAAUGCUGUGCUACAGACUCCAAAUUCCAGUAUAUGUUGUCCCAGGUAUCAUAAUGUGUUAUGCGAAUAAAGUUAUUUUGCUGACAGUCUACAUCUGGUGUCUCAAGUACCUGGGGCAUAAUAUGUAACAUUACCGUUUCAGUGGGAAAAUGAUUUAAAUAAUUCUACUAUGUUCCCAAUUUUCAUAUUUAUGCAAAUCGUUAUUCUCAUUCUUAGUAGGGAUAAUAAAUUUUGUAUCCAUUUUUUAUUCAUCCUUAAUUUAAGUGCUUUGCUAAUGGCUUAUUCAACCAUUCAAAAUUGCUUCUAAAUUUUUGUUGUAUUCUGCAAGAAUGUCUGUUAUUGGUAUCUGCCACUGCAAAAGAAAGCGUUAUGAACAUUUCAUUACACGCAAACACAAAUCUGAAAUGCCUGUAUUACUGGAGAAUUUUACUUUAUUCCCAGGAAAAAUUAAUUCCUUUAGUUCUGCGUCCAUUGCAUUUGAUAACUCCCCUUGUAUCCGUCCUCUUGGAGCAAAAAAUAAAAAAUAAUUUAUUUGUGCUGGGAAAGUCAACCUUACUAAGGUCUAAUAGGGAAUAAUUUAGCUCGUCUGAAGCUUGAAGUCACCUCAGUAGGUUGACGGAUAUCCUGAACCAGUUCUCUCCUAAUGAUAGGCAGAUGACAAUGGCAAGAAGUCAGGUGAAUGCUGUCGAAGCCAGUAUCCCGAAUCGUUCUCAGACACCAGUCCACUAAUGAUAAUGGUCCCAAAGACCUCAGUGUAUUACCUUCCGGUUUCUGUCAUCGACUCUCCUACCUCCCAAUCCAAGCAAAAGCAAUACUGUGUGAAACCUGUAAUAUUUCUCUCUGUUCUUCAAUCUCUGCGUUCUCAAGCCUCUGAUUUCAUUAAGUUCUGACCUGUCACCGCUGUUACCAGACAAGAUACGUGCGUCGAGUUCAAACCAGUGUCAUUUGCCGAAUCCAUCUGAAUUUACUGUCACCUCUCAUAUAUCCUGUUGCCGCUAUAAGAGCACAAUCACACAUAGCUAAAACACUGCAUUUGUUUUGUACCACUCCGCAGAAUCCGCAGUCUGCUACGGCAGUCUUACACAGUUGUCGGAUAUGUGGCGACAAUGUGGCUAUGAUGAACAGUUCCGUAACUACGUGUUAUUGUGGAUUCUGUUAUCGGGAACGCAGGCAUGAAACACUUAGGCCUUUGGUGUCAAGUUUAAAUAACGAAAAUAUCUGAAAACUUAAACAGCAAGACAGGCCACUACAACCUAAAUUAUUCGAUGUUAUGUGGGAACUGAGCAUGUCAAGCAAACAGUUACAUUACACAUUGUCGAAUUUCGUUACGAAACUCAUUUAUGAUGCAAGUUUUUAUAGUAUAAACUUUUUUUACAAAUCAGUAUUAGCUGAAUACUGAAGCGAUACUUACGAUACAACUUUCACCAAUCGAUUUUUUGUAGCCGCGAGUUUUAUCACUCUCGGUCGGAUAGACUGAGACCUGCAUUCGAUGUUCCUUAUGGAAUAGUGGACGACAGCAUCUGAAGUGUAAAAGUGCAUACACGUAUAGACAACCGCAGUUUGGAGUGAAGUUUAUAAAACAGAAUAAGGUGAAAGAGAAAUUGAGAGAGAGAGAGAGACAUAAAGAGGAACUAGCGUAAAAAGUUACGAACAUAUCGAUACAUUUUGUAAAUAAGUUUGCAGUUUGCUACAUGCUCAAGGUAGUUGAUUAUGUUGUUAUGAUUUUUGUUCCUAAAAAAUGUUUUUAGAAUGAAUGGAAAACCGUGAUUUGUUCGCAUUAUAAACUGUCUUUAGGGUGGAUUGUAUAGCUUGAGAGUGAAAGAGUGCCUUCCAUAAACAUGAAUCGAAAAACUUUGAAUUCUGAUUUCUGUUUAUAAAAGAGUGUGUAUGAAAAAUCUAAGUCUUCUAUGUUCCAUAACAGAUCAACAGUCAAUUAAUAUCAUGCAUUUGUUUGAUUCAAAUUGUGAAGACAUUCUGGCAGAGCACAAGUGGAUUUUGUGGCGCCAUAUUUCACUGGCAAAUAAAAAUCAUGUCAUCAAAAUAUAUCAGCUGAAAAAUUAAUAAACCUACAGUAAAGUUGCUGUUUAUAAUUAUAGCUAAUGUUGUGACAUAAAACAAGAGAAACAUAUUAUGUGAACUAAGUUCUGCAGUCAGUAACCAAAGGAUAUGAGUUUCCAUUAGUAAAAGCAUUAAGUAUUUUUUAAUAUGGAGUUAUUGUGAAAAUCAAAUUCAGGAAGUUAAAUUUAGGAAAUGACUGUAUACUGAUGGAUUACUCGACAGUAAAUAUUAUGCAAACUCUAUAGCCUCAAUGACUGUCUUAUACUCUAACAAAUGCACAAUGACUAAAAUGACAACCCCAACAUCAAAACAGUGCAUGUCAUGAGGUUUUCUAAAUGUCUUUAGAGCGUAGUGAUUUAUGUUGGUAAGAGCAUAAGCGUAUUUCUCUGCGUAAGACAGAUACUGGGAUCAGUGUGACAGCUGUUGUUAGAGAGAGGCAAUAAAUGCACAGAGUCUUCCUUUCACUAUGCUCCAUGUGAGAAGGGAGUAUCACACUGGCCAACAAAUCCUUCCAAAUGUAUUAUUUGUUGUUGUUUUAUGCAGAGUCUAAUAAAUGAAUGGCGUACUGCCACUUAUUCGGUA